AUGCCGAAGCCUGCGCGCGCUGAGAUCAGCGCGCCCAGGCUUCGCGGACCUCUCCGCGAGCAGCGGCAGCGCUGCCGCUGCUUGCGGAGAGUUGCCGGCAUGCCGAAGCCUGCGCGCGCUGAGAUCAGCGCGCCCAGGCUUCGCGGACCUCUCCGCGAGCAGCGGCAGCGCUGCCGCUGCUUGCGGAGAGUUGCCGGCAUGCCGAAGCCUGCGCGCGCUGAGAUCAGCGCGCCCAGGCUUCGCGGACCUCUCCGCGAGCAGCGGCAGCGCUGCCGCUGCUUGCGGAGAGUUGCCGGCAUGCCGAAGCCUGCGCGCGCUGAGAUCAGCGCGCCCAGGCUCGCGGACCUCUCCGCGAGCAGCGGCAGCGCUGCCGCUGCUUGCGGAGAGUUGCCGGCAUGCCGAGCCUGCGCGCGCUGA